AUGGAGGUGGACGAGCGCGUCCACACCUUAACUGAGAGCUUUGAGCCCUUUGCGCCUGAAGCUCGCCCUGACAAUCGGUUAUUGGACCGCUAUGCGGACCAUUUCCACUUUGAUGAGCGUGAUCCUACCCAGGAUAGGCGACCAUAUCUCAACGAGCUCAUCGCGAAAGUGAGGGCCAAUCCUUUAACAGUACUGGCUGCAACUGACGGCUCUGUCCCUUGGUCCAACCAGUAUCAGGCGGCUUUGGCUGCCAUCAUCUACAAGGGACAUCGCAAGCUCGAAAGGACUCGCUAUGUCUCUGGCAGAGUUACUGCCCCCGAUGCAGAACUCAAUGCCAUAUCGUGUGCAGUGCACCUGGCUGUCAAGCAGGCAAACUGCCAACAUAUCAUGGUCUUCACUGACUCUAUGGGCUCGGCCCACAGAGCGGUGGACCCCUCCAUACACUCUGGUCAGGCUUUUAGUCUGUCAGUUUGUCACGCUCUCCAAGAGUGGUUUGAGGCGGACAAUCUCCGUUGCAUCACUUUCGUCUACGUUCUAUCUGCUCUGCAGUGGGACAUCCAUGGUGAAGCACAUAAAUAUGUCACCGAACUCAAGGUCAGGGUUGGACGUCGCAAGACGGACAACUCUAUAGACGCGCUUCGCUCUCAAGCUGCGCACUCAGUCCUGGAUUUGUGGAGCUCCACUUUCCAGGAUCCAACUUACCGAGGCUCUGAAUUUUUGGAGCUUCAACAGCCUGAUGGGCAGCCGCUCCAGCCAUCUAUCACUGAGUUCACUUGCAUUUGCCGGUGUAUAACUGGACACGCGCCUAUUGGAGCGUACUACCGUCGCUUCAAGAUCAAUGAGCCUCAUGGCUGCACUUGCGGGGCUGCUCUGCAGUCCCGUCAGCACGUCCUCUUUCGCUGCUGUGAUUGGUAUUCUGUACAUUAUCCCCGGUUCCUCGGGGAUAUUGCAUUGUUUUUGAAGUACAACCCAACAGUGUUUGGCUUCAACCGGGACCCCUCGGGUGUCAGAUAA